GGAGCAGGCAGAGUAACUGCCAAAAUAUAGCUCUGCCAAGAAAAUAAAGACUAAAAUAAGUUUGAGUGUGUAAAGGGCAUUCAACUUUCAUCAACUUCGCUGUUCCCAAAACCGGGAUUAGACGCCGUUAGUUCUGGUCCGUAUUUGGACAGGUUACUGAUAGAAAUCAUGAACUGCAGUACAUCGGGUCACGAUAACCGGACCACUUAUUCCCAGCUUGGCAGAUACCCGGGGACAAAAGCUGUUUUAGUGUCACUCAAGCUCCGAGUGGUUGAAGUACGCGUGAGAGAAGCACAAUGAACAAAUACGUCGUCCUGCAUGGCAUUGGAGACUUAAGGAUAGAAAAAGAGCCUAUCCCUGAUGUUGGACCUCAUGAAGUCCUCCUGAAGAUGUCCACAGUUGGACUAUGUGGUUCGGAUUUAUCGAAUGUCUACAAAGGAUACGCGGGCGACCACAAAGCCUCAUUUCCGUUGUCGAUUGGCCACGAGGCUUCUGGUGUGGUGACUAAAUGUGGAUCAGCCGUGGAACACUUAAAACCAGGCGACCGCGUUGCUGUAGAACCUGGUGGUCCUUGCCGAAUCUGCGACCUCUGCACGAGUGGAAAGUACAACGUAUGCAAAGCUGCCUGUUUUCACGGGAAACCGUCCCGUGGUCCAGCCUGUCUCGCCAGGUACUUCAAACAUCAAGCCGAUCUCUGUUUCAAACUCCCUGACGACGUAAGCCAAGAGGAAGGUGCAAUCAUUGAGCCCCUAGCAGUAGGAAUCCAUGCUUGCCGUAGAGCGAAUAUCACUCUAGGAUCCUCAGUCCUUAUCUGUGGGGCGGGGCCUAUAGGAUUAGUUAACCUACUAUCAGCCAAGGCCAUGGGAGCUACUAACAUCCUCGUGACAGACAUCAGAGAGAGCCGCCUGGAGAUGGCCAAAUCGAUGGGAGCAACCCACACCAUGUUAGUCAUGGAGGACGAUCCUCAAGCUCUUGCCCAUAAUGUCGAAGAUAUAAUGGGGUGCAUGCCUGAAAGCACCCUUGAGUGCACUGGUGUGGAAAGCAGCAUAUCAACAGCUAUCUAUGCUACUAGAUCUGGCGGAGUUAUAGUCCUCGUCGGAAUCGGAGGCAGCAAGCUGACACUGCCUAUUGUUAACGCUGCUGUUCGGGAAGUAGACAUCCGAGGGGUAUAUCGUUACACAAAUUGUUACCCAACAGCCAUCGACAUGAUCGCAAAGGGUAUAAUUGACGUGAAGCCUUUGAUCACACAUCGUUUUAGAUUCGACGAAUUUAAGAACGCCUUCGAAAUUUUCAGAGCUGGUACAGAUGGGGCUAUUAAGUGCAUGAUCUCUUGUGAAUAGCGAGCAAGUUGACGUUGUUAUUAACUUCCAUUCAACUAGGAUAUUUUCACCUAUGGUUGUCGCUUUGCGUUCUUUAACACUGUUCAAAACUGUGCUCUUUCUGGAGAUUGCAGAAAAAAUAAUGCAGCUAAACGCGAGUGCAGGGAAGAUCCAACUUUGAAUAGGAACGUUUGACUCGUGCAGUCACUGUAAAUAGGGUUCUGCUAUGAAAUUGCCUGUAACUUCUAAUUUUAUCAAGGAUAACACCGAGUAA